GCAGCCACGAUCCACCCAGUAGCUGAAACUUUCUUAUUGUGAUUGGUUGGUGUCAAAAUCACAUGACUGUGGCUUCAGUCUGGGUGUUGGUGGACGAGGCUACAGCGACCAGCCCUAGGUUUCCAAGCACUGCAGAGCCGGCUGGAGAGCGGACAUGAGUGAGUCUCUGGUUGUAUGCGAUGUGGAUGAAGAGCUUGUGGAGAAGCUAAAGAAGUUUCGUUUCCGGAAAGAAACCAACAAUGCUGCUAUUAUUAUGAAAAUUGAUAAAGACCGGCGUCUGGUCGUGCUAGAGGAGGAACACGAGGGCAUUUCUCCAGAUGAACUCAAAGAUGAGCUCCCAGAAAGACAACCGAGGUUUAUAGUGUACAGUUACAAGUACCUGCAUGAAGAUGGUAGAGUCUCCUACCCGUUGUGUUUCAUUUUCUCCAGUCCCGUGGGUUGUAAGCCGGAGCAGCAGAUGAUGUACGCAGGAAGCAAAAACAAGCUUGUUCAAACAGCCCAGCUCACAAAGGUAUUUGAAAUCAGGAACACUGAAGAUCUUACCGAAGAAUGGCUGACCGAGAAACUCGGCUUUUUCCAUUAAUUUGUAUACCUGUCUUUUUUUUCUUUCUUUUUCUUUCUAUAUAAAAGAGCGUGGAGUGUUUUCAUUGUACUUCUUCAUUCUCUUCUAGACAAGAUGCCCACCCAGUGAGUGUCUGUGUUUUAAAAGCUGCGUGGAAAUCUAUUUUCUACCUAAAACGUAAUUGCUUACAAUAUCCAUGCUGCCCCUCUGAUUAACCUGUUCA